AUGAGCGUUCGAGUCGUCGCCCGAGUCCGACCCCUUCUCAAGGCUGAGCGGGAACUGGAUAUUAUUCUUCGCACCGGAGCAUCAUCAGUCGCUGCGGAUCCCAAGCAGUCGGUCAACGGCGACCGCAAAUUGGCGGCAUUGAGGGAUAGGGACAACGUGGUACGGAUCCCAAACCCCAAGAAUGAGGGCGAGGAGUAUACCUUCCAGUUCAAUGCGGUGUAUGAUGCCGAUGUGGCACAGCAGGAACUAUUCGAUGCCGAGGUCGCACCCACCAUCAAGCACCUUUUCAAUGGAUUCGACGUGACGUUAUUUGCAUAUGGUGUGACAGGGACUGGAAAAACACACACAAUGCGUGGUGGUAAAAGCCUCGCAGACCGUGGUGUCAUUCCCCGACUCCUGAGCGGCAUCUACCGAAAAAGCCGAAAACUCGAGAAGGACAGCAAUGGCGAGACGACAGUUCAAGUGGCACUGAGUUACUACGAAAUUUACAAUGACAAGGUCUAUGAUCUGUUCGAGCCACCCGAGAAGCGUACCUUGGCAGGGCUUCCUCUUCGCGACAACGGGGGUAAGACCGUGGUUUGCGGUCUUACAGAGAAAGCCUGCACCAGUUUGAAGGAGUUUGAAGGACUAUAUGAUCAGGCGAAUAACAAUCGCUCGACCUCGGCAACAAAGUUGAACGCUCAUUCGUCCCGUUCCCACGCGAUCCUCGGUGUCAAGGUGACCAUUUGUUUUGCCGACCAGACUCGAGUAAGCACAGUCUCUGCCAUCGAUCUUGCAGGUUCGGAAGAUAAUCGACGAACGGAGAAUGACAAGGAGCGUAUGGUGGAGUCGGCCAGCAUCAACAAGAGUCUGUUCGUUCUCGCGCAAUGUGUUGAGGCCAUUACCAAGAAGCAGCAUCGCAUUCCCUACCGCGAAUCCAAAAUGACGCGAAUUCUGUCUCUGGGUCAAAACAACGGACUGACUGUGAUGAUUCUCAAUCUGGCACCAGUCCGGUCGUAUCACUUAGACACCAUUAGCUCUUUGAAUGUUGCUAAUCGCACACGGAAGAUUGAGGUGCGAGAAAUCGAGAAUGACCCGAUCUUUAAGGGACCUGCCAGACCAGCCCCGCGGCCAUCAAUGGCAAGCUCUCGCCAGCCAUUGCGACCGCUCACUGCUUCCGUCAAUGUGAACAUGCCCGCUCCUGCCACAAAGGACCCAGCUGCGAAGGAUGAGGGCAAACCCAUCAAGGCAUUCAAUGUCUUCUCUGAUCGUCCUAAGCCUGUGACCCAGAUUCGGAAAUCUGAACUGCCCAAAAGAACUUCCCUCUCCGGUGCACCCGCCACACGCUCUCUCAAACCGCCUCGCCAGACUAUGACGAAUGAAACUGCAAGUUAUGCGGAUCUUUCCGCUGCUAGAAUCGAGGAGAUGGUUGAAAAGAAGGUUGAGGAGCUUCUGGCUGUUCGAGCCGUGAGCGAACAGUCGAGGCAGACUCAGGCUCGGGAAUUGAAUGACCAGCUUCAACGUCGCCUGGAGCUUCUUGAACAGAAGAUUGAAGGCACUGAAGAUGAUCGAGCCGAGGGCCUUUCAUACUUGCUCAUGGCCAAGCAGCACCAAGCGCGGGGUGAAAACAGCUCUGCGCUAAGAAUGUACCAGCUUGCGCUCCCACAUUUUCCCCAUAACGAUAAGCUGGCCGCCAAAAUUGCCGCUUUGAAAGAGCGCAUACAGCAAAAGUCGUCACGCCAGUCCUCCAUACCUGCUUCUCCCCCCAAGGGCAAGCUUGGAAGUAUGCUUUCUCUCAAGAGAGAGCCGACCCUUACUCUCCUAGGAAAGCGUCCAGCUGAAACAGUGGAUAACGACUACAUGAACUGCGCGGGCCAGGAAGGGCUCUCAAGCGAUGAAGACAACAUCCCUCGGCAAAACAAGAAGCGCGCUACAUACAAAAGUCUUCGCCAUGAAAACGAGGCGGAUGGCCUCGACGAAUACGAGAACGGUUCUCUGUCUCCUCGAACUAUCCAUCUUUUGUCGAUUAUCAACUCGCGUGAUGUAAGUCAGAUCAAGCUUCUGAAAGGCGUGGGUGCGAAGAAGGCCGAGGCUCUUGUAAACUGUCUCUGUGAGAUGGAUCAGUCCUCAAAUGAUGAGACGGUAUCGGACCAACCUAGUAUGUUCCAGGUGGGCAGCUUGGCCCAGCUGAGCACUCUGAAGGGUGUUGGUGUUCGAACCGUCGAGAACAUGCGCAACGGAGUUUUGGUCUAA